AUGCCCAGACGCGCCGAGAACGCCCAGAGUGCGAUCCCCGAAUCAAAAGCCAUGUUCGGCUCUUGGCCGGCGGGACCCCCCGACACGGACGACAGCCACCAAAAGGGACGUUUCGACCAAUCGAAAGUCGCCAUUCGGGCACGUUGCUCGAUUAACUGGUUCCUGGCUUGCAAAGACCUUUCGGUGACGGAAAUUCACCACCUCGUGUCGUGUGCCAUGUUGCCGCUUGAAGAACGCAGAAGGCCUAGACCCUUGAAACUCGUCCGAAAACCCCAGUUUGAACCCGUAGUGAUGGCUUGGCUAGGUAUCCUCUAG